AUGGUGACAGAAGCCAUGAAAGCCAAGGCAGAGGUGUACCAUGGAGACAAGACAUGCAGAGAGAAAUUUGGUUCGCUUUUGUCCGAAAUCGGUUUACCAAACCGGCUCCUUAGUAACCAGGAGAUCGAAGAAUGUGGUUACGUAAAGGACACGGGUUUCGUGUGGUUAAAGCACAAGAAGAAGAAAGAAGAGAAAAAGAGAUAUCAAGAAGUGUUCAGAUUCGAUAACGUUGUGGUAUGUUUCGAAGAUGAAGUCACCGCGUAUUUUGAACCAAACAAGAUCAAGAAACUCACUGGGGUUAAGGCCAAGGAGUUCGUGGUCUGGAUCUCGCUCGGUGAAAUUCAUGUAAACCGUUCCUCUGGUUUGAUUACUUUCAAGACACAGGUCGGUUUAUUGUCUAAGUCGUUGCCUUUGUCACUGUUUGAAGACAUUCAAGUUGUUCAUGACGUCAAGGAGAAGCCAAAAAAGGUUCAACAAAAAUCCAACAAUACAAACUAUUUGUACUAAAGGAAACAGAAGAAACUAG